CACGUGUCGGGCAACCUCAUUGCCGUGCGGCCGAAAUCUUUAGAGGCAUCGGACCAGUUGAAAAGGUACAGUUAUUUACACCGUUGACGGGCAAAAAAUGCACCACACUCAAGCAUGGGGAGCACUGCCUUUAAUUUGGGUGUAUCGAGUUCCGUUUCCCCGGAAGGAAUGUCACGGAGGAAACAGACUGCGAUGAUGACAGGUGGCGGUGUCCUCGACUGUAGUCACAACCGCAACACCGCGCGACCUGACUCAGAUCGCCGAUGUCGUCAGCGAGUGCAUGCAUCACAUUGCACGCUCAGCACAUGGCCGUAGCUGGGCGCGGUGGCCAAGAAGACGGGGGUGCGAUAAGUGUUGAGGUUAUCCAGUCACCAGGACGCGGGUUCUGGCGACUCAUGAUGCAUCGUGAGAUAAGGAACUCCAGCCUUGGAGUAAAGCCUGAUGGAUUUCAGAAUACUGUUGGGGAGGCUCGGGCAAGGGGCCCGCCACCUGCAAAGGGGGGUGCAAUCCGGAAGUAUUGCGGAUGAUGACCCGCAAUAUCAGUAUCUGGUGCGUUCGAAUUUUGAUCGACGCACAUUGGGCGCGUGGAUCCGGAAGUCUCUGCAGCCUGAGGAACCAUGCUCGGUUGUUUUUCAUCUUGCUGUCUAUCUAGGUUUGCGCAUGCUCUCUUGACACCCACCGGUUGCGCCCCAGGUGCACCGUGUGAUGGGGCUUCUUCUAAUGUUCUGGACAUGGGGUUCCGCACAGAUAAGCGUCCUUCGCACUUCUGAGGCGAGUGUCCGGCGUUCGCUGCAGGAAGGGCAAGUGGGGGCGCGAGGACGGCGUGGUGCUAGGGUUAUAAUGAACAGGGACCUGGCUCGGUGCUUCGAGUGGCGGUGGCGGGUGAAGAGAUAAGGCGGGGGCUUCUCGGCUUCUCCCACUUUCCUGUGUCGGCUUGGCGCAGGCAUCCCGACGAAUUUAAAAUCGUGGAGCAAGAGACCUAAACUCUCGUGCCCUCCUCUGGUAUUCCCUCGUCCGCAAUGGUUCUCCUCCGCUCCAGCUUCUUCGCGACCCUCGUCCUCCUCGCCACCGCGACGAGCCUCCCCCGGGCCAUGGUCGUGCACGAGUCGCGCCCCGCUCCGGCUGUCGGCUUCGUCCACACCGGAGUCCCGCCGGCCGACCAGGAGCUGACGCUGCGGAUUGCGCUCAAGCAGAACAACAUUGCCGGUCUCGAGGCUGAGCUCCUGGCCGUCUCCACCCCGGGAAGCGCGCGCUACGGCCAGCACCUGACUUCUGAGGAGAUGCUGUCAUACGUCACCCCGUCCUCUGACACCGUGACCGCCGUCAACACGUGGUUGAAGGAGCACAACCUGACCAGUAGCGUGGUUUCCCCCGCAGGCGACCAUCUCUCGGUCAAGGUCCCCGUCGCCAAGGCCAACUCGCUGCUUGGCACUCAGUUCUCUGUGUUCACUCACAUCGAGUCUGGCGAGACGACUGUGCGCACGCUGGAGUACUCUCUCCCCGCUGACAUCGCACCGCACGUCGACUUCGUCGGCCCGACGACCGCCUUCCUGCGCCCGUCCCAGGGACCCAAGUUCACUCCCUUCACCAGCGAGCGCAAGCGGCAGUCAUCGUCGUGCAACUCGCAGAUCAACCCCACAUGCCUCCAGUCGAUCUACCACCUGCCCACGGCCGCCGCAACGCACUCGGCCAGCCACCACAUCGCUGUCACUGGCUUCAUUGACCAGUAUGCCAACAGCGCUGAUCUCAAGAUGUUCCUCCGUGACUUCCGCCCUGCGGUCACCUCGUCCUUCAUCCUCGAGACCCUUGACGGCGGUGUGAACAGUCAGAGCUCCGGAUCCGCGGGUAUCGAGGCUAACCUCGACGUGCAAUACACUGUCGGCGUCGCAACUGGCGUCCCGGUCAACUUCGUCUCUGUCGGCAACAACUUCAACGACGGCGUGAACGGCUUCAUCGACGUGAUGAACUUCUUCAUUGGCCAGUCUGCCAGCGCCCGGCCGUCCGUCGUGACCACCUCGUACGGCUUCGACGAGCGCGACUUGACCCGCGCGCAGUUGACGUCCAUGUGCAACACCUACAUGCAGCUCGGCGCCCUCGGUACCUCCAUCCUCUUCUCCUCCGGCGACGGAGGUGUCAGCGGAUCGCAGUCCCAGACCUGCACGACAUUCGUCCCGACCGCCCCGUCUGGAUGCCCGUACGUCACCAGUGUCGGCUCCACCCAGGGCACGACCGAGGUUGCUGCGUCCUUCUCGUCCGGUGGAUUCUCCAACUACUUCCCCGUGCCUAGCUUCCAGAAGACCGACGUCUCUGGAUACCUGUCGGCGAUUGGCACCCAGUACCGCGGCAAAUUCAACGCCACCGGCCGUGGAUUCCCCGACAUCGCCCUCCAGGGUGUCAACUUUGUCAUCGCAUCCAAUGGCCAGGAGGGUACCGUCGAUGGAACGUCGUGCUCGUCGCCCAGCUUGGCCUCGAUCAUCGCGCUUGUCAACGACCAGCUCGUCGCUGCCGGCAAGCCCACCAUGGGCUACCUCAACCCCUUCAUCUACUCCGCCGCCGGCCGUGCUGCCCUGAAUGACGUCACCAGCGGCUCCAACCCCGGCUGCAACACCAACGGAUUCUCUGCCCGUGCUGGGUGGGACCCCGUUACUGGUCUCGGAACCCCCAACUACACCAAGUUCCUCGCUGCGGCGUUGGCGGCUUGAGCGGGAGGGAUGACUUAUUACUAAACAAAUUGUACUCGGGAGGACUCGUUGCAUUGAAUUAACGAACUUUCAUGACUUGCAAAGGCCAGAAUAGUGCAAAUCUUCGUGCUAAAACAGCCAAAUCUCAGCGAGACAUGGCGCAAAACUCGGCCAAUCUUGGGCUGAGCAAGGACAAAUCGCCGUCUGCCCUUGUAGAAUAUCUGAUUGCCGAAUUGAGGUCGACUCUAAUCCGAUAAUGUGGAAAUCAAUGUUCGCACGUGCCGAUUUGGACAGUGUAAAUUGGCCGCAUGGAGUGGCCUCUAGCAGGGAGUAGCCGGGGGCCUACUUUCCAUCGCUGUGUUCAUUCAAGAGGCAGCGUCCGCCGGGCUAAACCUUCAUGUGCCAAGUUCCUGGCUGGCAUUUCCGGCACCUCCGGCACGAGGUCGUGAGCUUUUCCCGUUCGUUCGGCCCCUCUCUGCUGUCCUGCACCUUACCCCACACCCAGACCCCACUAUGUCCUCACUCCCGUAUGAGUUGGUGGAACUCAUUCUCGACAUGCUUGCUGAGGAUCGGCUGUCCCUGCGGGCAUGCUCGCUCGCAGCCCAUCUGCUUCUGGAGGCCGCCCAGACUCGCUUGCUCAAACGCAUCACGAUCCGCCCGCCGUCGUCCCAGUCUGGAAAAUCUUGUCAGCAGCUCUCGAAGCUGCUUGAAUCGUCGCCGCACGUCUCUUGCAUGGUGCAAAAGCUCACUGUUGUGCUCGCGGAAUUCGCUCUAGACUGCGAUCCCCAAAUUGGGGGAUUUCUCGAUCGCCAGCCGCCGCCGUGGGUGUCGUCCGAUCCCAGCCUCGGGCAUGUGAUCGACUCAUUCGUGAACCUGCGCAGCCUUUCGAUGGUGGAGAGUACACCCCAGGGAUGGAGCAAGAGGGGGGUGUACUCGAUGCGCUGGGACGCGUUGCCUCCGGGCACUCAAGCGGCUCUGACGCGGGCGUUUGCUAGGUUGGAGAGUGUGCGGAUCCGUGGGCUGGUGAUCGAGUCUCCGCUGUGUCUUCUGCGUCUCUUCAGCGCGUCCACUGCGCUGAAGAGCCUAUCUUUCUCCCGCAUCUAUUUCACGAUGCCGGAAAAGUGCAGGGAGGAAGUGGAAAAGUGGACACCGUGUCUGGAAAGGCUUCUAUUGUCGGAUUGGUGCGCGGACCCGAUUAGCGCUUUGUUCGUCUCCGGUAGGGGAGUCAACCUCACGCGCGGCGUCAAGGUGUUGUCGAUAGCCACCGAGUCCAAAGCCGAUAUGACACAGAUCCUGGCUGAGGUCGACACGACAGCGGUAGUGAGUCUCAAGUUGACUUUUUCAGUCGAUGCUAUCGAACUAUCCAGCCCCCAUCUCCGCAUCCUGCACGUCUUUGAGUCCCACCUCAUCGGCGCCCUCUCGUCCGUCUUCGGGCGCGUCCCGGAAGGGUCGAUGCUGGAAACGAUCAUCAUCGAGGGCCCGCACCCGGCCUUCGGGCUCGAUCUCGGGACGUACUUCCAGCAGACGUUGAUCCCAGGCCUGUCGCGCAUGCCGCGGCUGACGAGCGUCGAGCUUCGCGCGUUCUCCACGGCCGGGCCACUCGAAUUCGAGGCAUGGCGGACAUGCGCUCUGAGGCUAUUGACGGUGCUUGGACGCCGGCUGAAGAUUACGAGGGUGCCUGCACCUGAGAGCGCGAAAACACCUUCGUGGUCGUUCGAGUGAAUAUUUGACGUCUGGAAACGUAGUUCGGCUGCCCAAUUAUGGGGACAUCGUUCCAUCGUGGCCCGUGGGAGGCGUUGAAAUUUCAGAUGGCCCACAACUAACCUCGAGAAAUUGAAAUUGACCCCUAAACCAACUGAUUCUUUGAUCUACUCAGCCGGGAAACAGUCGCCUCCUGUUCGAUUCGAUAUUUCCUCCGAGAUGACUUCUUCUCUAUCGAUCUCAGAGUGACUGCGAGUGCCGAGAUCUCAAACUGCAUCUCACCGUUGCCGUCCGUUUUUCUGUCCCAAUAGAUAGAGCCCUCCCGCACAGAACUUGUUUAUCCCAGUCCGGUCUCGCCGAUCCUCAGAAUUGCGAACCCGUAAAUGCGGAUAUGCGCUCAAAAAAGAGAUCACAG